AUGGCUUUCCAAGUCCCUCAACGAGGAAACGAAAAUGAAGCACGGGAUCGGCUUAUGCAGUAUGCGAUGGUGUCCAGUUCACUGUGGCCAGAGCACAACAAAUGCCGCACCAUGGGUGGCUCUGUCUCCAAUACACCGAGCCUACAGGUUGGGAGCAAGACAAGCAGGCUGCCUCGCAUCAACAGCAUAUGUUCUUCUGAGGGAGACAUUGGUCCUGUUUCACCCAUAUCUUGUACGCCGAGUUCCUUGUCACGUGAUAUUCCCAGGAUGAGUCCUGUGGCAUAUGUGCAUCGCGUGGUAGUAGUUGGGGCACCUGGAUACGGUAAAACUGCGCUUAACCAGCAGUUUAUGACUUCCGAAUAUUUAGGUGGAUUCAAUAGAAGUUCCGAUGGAGAGGCGGAAAAGAUGGUAAAUGUAUUACUCAAUGGCGAGGAAACUGUGCUGUCAUUUCUUGAACGACCAGACAUAGAUUAUUUGGUAAGUGACGACGCCGUUAUGGUCUAUAUCAUUGUUUACGCCUGUGAUGACAGACCGUCGUUUGACCGAGCGGUCAACAUUCUGUUUACAUUACGUCAGAAACAGCAUCGCCAUCAAAUCAUUAUUUUUGAUGGAAAUAAGUCCGACCUCGUGCGAUCAAGAAGUGUGACAACAGAAGAGGCCAAAGCUGUUGCCGUGACAUACGACUGUAAAUUUAUUGAGACUUCAGUGGUGUUGAACGUACACGUCGAUGAACUGCUGGUAGGCGUUGUAAAGCAACUACGUAUUCGUAACGAGGCUGAAGUCGAAACCGGCAAUGCACCCACGGGAUGUGCCUCGACUAGCAUAUCAAUUCUCAAAAAAAUAUUCAAGAAGGAGCUCAUAUUCAAGUCAAGCGGAAAUCUUUACAUUUGA